UCGCACGCAAAAGAUUUGCGAAAGGGGUUAUUGUUUCUUUGCUUUCGGGAGCUGAAAUUGUUAUCCACUCAGUUCUACAAUCAAAUACCACAACGUUAAAAUGGCUGGUGGCAAAGCAGGAAAGGACAGUGGCAAAGCCAAGGCGAAAGCAGUGUCUCGUUCCCAGAGGGCUGGGCUGCAGGUACUAGAGUUGGCAGGCAAUGCUUCAAAAGACUUGAAGGUCAAGCGUAUCACUCCCCGUCACUUGCAGCUGGCCAUCCGUGGCGAUGAGGAGUUGGAUUCCCUUAUCAAGGCAACAAUUGCUGGAGGAGGUGUCAUUCCCCACAUCCACAAAUCCCUCAUUGGGAAAAAGGGCCAACAGAAAACUGCAUAGAUACCAUGUCGACCAGAAGUUUUUGGGCUUGGGCUUUCAUAGGACAGGGGUCCACAUUUGUUCUUUUUUAUUAUUAAUAUUAUAGCAAACAAGGAGUGAUUGUUAGGCUUUGUGUUAUAUUUUCUCAUAACUAGAAAAAAAAAGUACAGAAAACCCCUUAACAAAAAACCCUUUGUAUGUUAUUGUAGGACGCUUGACUGGGGAGUUAAUGAUGAUGAAUUAUUUCUGAUUGUGAAGCUGAAUUUGUUUGAUUGGCCUGGGACUCUGUAAUGUUUUAUACUGAAAAAAUGUUAAACCAUUUUUUAUAUAAAAAUUGUUUUGUGGUUAUUUUCUUGAAGUUACAAUAUUUACUAUAAUACAAGUUUUAAGGAGCUUUUUUGGACAGCAAUUUAACAGCUAAAUGUGAGAUGGUGCUUUUUUUUUCCUUUGACUUCCUAUAACCUUUUGAACUGCACAAGGAUAGUGACGUAUUAAAAGUUGAAUUUUUUUACAUCAUUGGAAAAAAAAGAAAUACCACAACUGUGCUGUAGUGUUUUGUGUUUGUGUUUAUAGCAGUGUUAAACUUGAACUUAAACAUUUGACAGUGUGAUCCAGGUGACAGUUUUUGCUUCACCAUAGAAGUGUCCUGCCAUUUAUCAACUACAUAUCACCUCUGGAUAUAGUUGGUACCCUGAUAUUUGAAGAAUUCUAGGUGAUGAUUUAAUACCCAGCUGAUCUGAACCACAGCAGUGCUUCAGUCAUUUACCUGCAACACCUAAGUGUGUGCAGAAACUGACAUUCCCACUUAAGUCUAUUGGCUUUUUCAAGUAAAAGGGUUUGAGACUUGUUUAAAAGCUGGGUGUUCAGGGAAAUGGCUUUGCAUAUUUUAUCUUUGAAUAAAUACCCUUUGCAUGUUAUCCUUGGCUUGAAACCACUACUUGAAAUUAUUUUUGCAGCUCUGAUUUUUGUAAGUCUUAUAUGGAAGAGGUGCUAUGACUGUCCAACAAUACAUGAAUGAAACUGCCAAAUGUUUUUCUGUUUGUUUUUUAUAUUUACACUGGAGAUAUUUAUGAAAUGUGAAAGUUUUUGAAAUCAGCAAAGUAUAAGUCAGUACAUAAUUGAAAAUUAGUUUUGCAUUUUCUCUGGUAGAGAAUUGAAUUGUUAACUGGAGGUUAAAAAGUAUCUCAUCCCUUGUAUUGGCUAUUUCAUUUGGUGUAUAAUUACAGCUUAAGGUUAAGCUUUAACUGAGCAAAUUGUGGUUGAAUUUAUGUUGUCUCACAUGACAAUUUGAGGAUCUGUUCUGCAGGUUUGCAGCCUGCCAGCAGGGGGAGCCAGUGACAUUCACAGUCACAUCUCUUCCUCACUAAACAAUCAAUUAAAUAGUGGAACAAUAUUCUUCCUAAAGCCAACCACAUCUCCAAACAUGACAAAUGUAUUUUUACAUUUAGGGAAGAAUUGAAGGACACCUUAGAAAGGCAAACUUGCCACAAAUAAGGAAUGUACUUGUGCAUGCCAGCUUAUAUUGCUGGGCUGUUCAGCAAUAUGGUUCUGAUCAUUGCUAGCCUGCAAAAUAUAAGUUUAGAAUGAUCAAACCUGCAAACAGUUAAAAAAGCACACUUCUGUUUUCCCUGUUGUGUAAAAUAAGUCAAAGAAAAAGCAAUACUUUGCAUUCAGUCUGUAAAACUAAAGAUUUUAUUAAUAUUUCAGGUUGUGUUUAGGAUAGGAAAAUAUGAUUAUCUGUUAAUGUCUGCUCACUGUAAAAUAUAUGUAUGUCUAAAUAAAAAUACAGGGUCACAUAA